UUACUCAGUUUUGAAAUGUGUUGCUACAAAACAAGCGAGUGGGAGCCCAGCCCAGCUCCAGCUCCUCGUACUGACUACUGGCAGGCUGAUCAUUGACCAGUGGAGCUACCCAGGCCUCUGGAUAUCGUUGCUCCCUACACCGCGGAAGCCUGCAGACAUUGGUAGGGGCUGUUGGUUCUGCUGUGAAGUAGCCGCUGCCUCUCUCUCAGUCCACAUGACGGAAUUCAUUGGCAGGCAGGGGCACUGUCUGUAAACUCCUCCAAGACUUGAUUGCUCAACCGUCUGCAAUCUGUCGGAUUGGCAUUCUCCGAUUUGCAGCAGACUCGUCAGAAAUUUAAAGAUUUUGCUGGGAGCUUGUUGGAAAAGUUUGGCAAAAGUUUGAUCUGGCCGCAGUUAAACCUUGAAGUGAUUUCAGGCACAGUGACCAGGGAAAGCUCGGCUGCUGUUAUAAAGGAGUGUUUACUUCUUACUGCAGUGGGUGCUGCUAGUCAUCAGUGCUAGAUGCCAAAUUUGACGAUGAACACUAGUGAGACAGAUGUGCAGUACAGUCGGUGGAAUGACAACGCCCAGGAACAGGUCACCAUAAGCGUUUCUCCAAUUCAAGCCUCGGGCUGUAGAAGGAUAUACAAUAAAUUGUGCACUGGCAAAGUUGGCAUUGUAAUGAAAGCCUUCGGUGGAGUGGCAACGUUCUUGAUCAUCUUCAUCACUGGAUACGUCACGGGUUACUAUGUGCACAAGUGUAAAUAGGCAGAGUGGAAGCAUGAAACUACUGCACGCCCACAGUUGUAUCAAGAAUGCAUCACAUAAUCCUACCUUCCUCGGCUCUGAGCUCUGCAGCUGCUGCUUGAAUCCAGUUUUCAUUCUUUUUCUACCAGUUAAAGAGCACAAUUACAGAAGGAAAAAAAAAUCCUUUUUAUCACUGGGUCCAAAAUGCAUGUGUCUGAUAAGUUAUUAGAGUUGUCCUUUAUAUGACCAAUCUUGAGGCAGCUUUCUUUAAGGAAUAUUGCUGCUUUAGACUUGGACUUUAGAGAUACAGUGCGGAAACAGGCCCUUCGGCCCACCGAGUCCGUGCCGACCAGCGAUUCCCCGCACAAUAACACUAUCCUACGCACUAGGGACAAUUUUCAAUUUUACUGAAGCCAAUUAACCUACAAACUUGUACAUCUUUGGAGUGUGGGAGGAAACCGGAGCACCCUGCAUGGGUUUUCUCCAGAUGCUCUGGUUUCUUGGUUCUUGGUCCUCCAAAAUAUUCCAAAUGGAAUUUAAACUGGAGGUGGUGAAGGGAGGGAUUAAACCAGAAAGGGUUAUUGGGAAGAAAGAGCUACUAUAAAUUUAGUUGCAUCUGGUUGGGUAACCAUAGUUGGGUGGAGAUUAUUCCAUGCUUUAAUUGUGCGUGGGAAGAAUGAACCACACUCCAAAGACGUAUAGGUUUGUAGGUUAAUUGGCUCCAGUAGAAAUUGUCCCAAGUGUGUAGGAUAAUGCUAGUCAGUGUAUAGGGUGAACAUUGGUUGAUGUGGACUCGGUGGCCUGUUUCAGCACUGUACUGUAUCACUAAACUAAACACUCAGAGAAAACCCAUACGAUCACAUGGACAACGUACAAACUCCAUCCAGACAGCACCCGUAGGCAGGUUCGAACCCGGGUCUCCGGCGCUGUGAGGCAACAGCACUACCGUUGUGCUACCUUGCUGCUCUGGGAUGUUGUUGAACGAAAUGCUAAUUACAAUGAAACAGCAUGAGACACAGGGAGACCACAACACAGUCAUCAACAGCAGAAUAAAUAGUAGCAAUGAUGAUUUAAUGAUUUAAUGAUUGUAUGCUUUUUAAAUUUAAAAGUUAAAAAGGCCUUCUCCUACCAAACCACACUCUCACUGGUAAAAUACUACAAAGGUGGGAUGUCUGAAAUAGAAGGUAAUAUGUUGGGGAAUCUCAGCAGGUGAGGCAGCCUCAUUGAAGAGAGAAACAGUUAACGUUACAACUCAAUCACUUUUUCCAAUGAAAAGACUUUGAGCUGAAACAUAAGCGGUUCCUCUCUCCACACUGAGACUGCCCGGCCGGUCAAGUCAUCCAGCACUCACUCUGUACAAUGUGCUGGUGUUACCGGGUCACACACACCUUCACUCUAUCGCUAAAUGGUCUCAGUGGUCUGCAUGUUCAGGAAGGGAACAUAGUGAAGAUGCUUGUCCACUACAUCAUCCAACGUGACCCUACCUCCGGCCACGACAGAGAUGGGGAGAGGAGGGUUUGCCAGAUCAGUAUUCCACCAGCUGUAGCCAAGUGACAGAAGUAUUCGUUCUUCGAGUCAGCACACCGCAGGUACAGGUCACCUGUACGACUCAGCACCAAAUCUAGACUGCACAGUCAAGAGAGGCAGUACUGAGAGAGUGGAACACAGUAGAAGGGGCCAUACUAAGGGAGUGGAGCACUGUUGUGGAGGCAGUUUGUCCCUACUGCUGUGGGAGGGACAGUAUUGAGGGAGCUUCGGACAGUGGGAAGGGCAGUGCUGUGGAUGUGCUGCACUGUUCUAGGGACAGUAUUGAGUAACGCCACAGUGGGAGGCGCAGUACUAAGAGAAUGCUGCACAGUAGGAGGGGCUAUACUGAGGGACCACCACACCAUUUAAAAAAAAAUAAUCCAAAAUGUUACUAUUCAAUUAUACACAAAUACAGAGUCGUAACAAAAUCAAGACUGCCAUUGGCAGUCUACAAUCCAAAUGAUCAGAUUAAACUAUUGUCACUUUCUCUACAAUACACUCGAGCCCCCGCGGCAACCAGCAUUCACGGAGGGUCUCCGGAGUCCCCAUGGACACCACGUGCACCCUCUCCAUGGACGUGGGCCCGGAAGAAGGAUGGGCAGUCAACUCGGACAGAACCCUCGACUGCCCGUUGCCUGGACCCGCGAAUGGCCACCUUGGUCAGGCCCGGGAGCAAACUGACAGGGAAAAACUGCAGCCAAAACUUGAGGAGCAGCCCCUUCAUAUAGUAGGUGCACUACAACAUGGGUGGUG